AUGGUUCAUCUUUCGACUGUCCAGAGGGACCAGGACCUUGCUCCUCCAUCUUCCCGCAAGCUUGAGGACAUCGACACUAUCCCAGCAUUGGAAGAUGCUCAGGCUGAUACCUACACGAGCAAUGUUUAUGGCUCCCACUUUGCUGCCGAGCAUCUGCCUCAGCACCGCAUGCCCGAGAACGAAAUGCCUCGUCAGGUUGCCGCUCGUAUGAUCAAGGAUGGGCUUUCUCUUGACGGUAACCCACGAUUGAACCUUGCCUCAUUCUGCUCCACGUACAUGGAAGAGGAAAUCGAGGAGAUCAUGGCCGACGCGUUUAACAAAAACUUCAUCGAUUACGAGGAAUACCCUCACACUGUUGAGCUGCACAACCGCUGUGUCAACAUGAUUGCUCGCCUUUACAAUGCACCCACGGACUCCGACUGUGACAAUGCAAUGGGUACCUCAACAAUCGGGUCUUCGGAGGCUAUUAUGCUGUGCACCUUGGCAAUGAAGAAGCGUUGGCAAAACAAGCGCAAGGCAGAAGGAAAAGAUAUUUCGAACCCAAAUCUCGUCAUGUCCAGUGCCGUUCAGGUCUGCUGGGAAAAAGCUUGCAGAUACUUUGACGUUGAGGAAAACUUUAUCUACUGCACUGAAACCCGUUUCGUGAUGGAUCCUAAAGAAGCUGUCGACCGCGUUGAUGAGAACACAAUCGGCAUUUGCGCCAUUCUUGGCACUACUUACACUGGGGAGUAUGAAGAUGUCAAAGCAAUCAACGAUCUGCUGGUCGAGCGCAACAUUGACUGCCCAAUUCACGUCGAUGCGGCCAGUGGUGGCUUUGUGGCCCCGUUCAUAUAUCCGGAGCUGGAAUGGGACUUCCGGCUGCCAAAGGUCAUCUCUAUUAACGUCUCAGGUCACAAGUACGGUCUAGUCUACCCCGGUGUGGGUUGGGCUAUCUGGCGCUCUCCAGCCUACCUCCCCCAAGAAUUGGUUUUCAACAUCAACUACCUGGGUGCCGAUCAGUCCAGCUUUACAUUGAACUUCUCCAAGGGCGCAUCUCACGUCAUUGGCCAGUAUUACCAACUUAUCCGCCUGGGUAAGCAUGGCUACCGUUCAAUCAUGACCAAUCUCACUCGCGUCAGCGACUACAUGGCGUCUGAACUGGAAAAGAUGGGCAUGGUUAUCAUGAGCCAGACUCGCGGCCGUGGCCUGCCUCUGGUGGCCUUCCAUCUUCCUAAGAAUCCCGAUCGCGUUUAUGAUGAAUUUGCGAUCGCACACCAGCUGCGUGAGCGGGGUUGGAUUGUCCCUGCCUACACCAUGGCCCCUCAUUGCGAACAGAUGCGCAUGAUGCGUGUCGUUGUCCGCGAAGAUUUCUCCAUGGACCGCUGUGAUUCUCUUUUGAUUGAUUUCAAGCUGGCUAUCCAGACCCUAGACUGUAUGGAUCAAGCUAUGCUUGCCAAGUACCAGAGUCAUAUGAAGAGCCACCGUGAGCACGCUCGCCAUAAGACCCACGCCCACUACAAAGGGGAGAGUCACUCGUUGCAGGGAAAGACUGGCAAGACACACCCAGUUUGUUAA